AUGGUCCGUAAACUAAAACAUCAUGAGCAAAAGCUUUUAAAGAAGGUGGAUUUUCUGGACUGGAAACAGGACCAGGGUCAUAGAGAUACUCAGGUUAUGCGAACAUACCACAUCCAGAAUAGGGAAGACUACCAUAAAUAUAACAGAUUAUGUGGUGAUGUGCGUCAUAUUUCACACAAGCUUUCUCUUCUUCCGCCUACAGACCCCUAUAGAACCAAGCACGAACAGCUGCUGCUUGAAAAACUAUACGCUAUGGGAAUUCUAACGACAAAAUCCAAAAUUUCAGAUCUAGAAAACAAAGUCACCGUUAGUGCUAUUUGCAGGAGGCGGCUGCCCGUUAUCAUGCACAGACUUAAAAUGGCAGAAACCAUCUCAGACGCCGUUAAAUUUGUUGAACAAGGCCAUGUCAGAGUUGGCCCAAAUCUCAUCACAGAUCCUGCGUUCUUAGUCACAAGGAACCUGGAAGACUACGUUACUUGGGUGGACAGUUCAAAAAUUAAGAAAACAAUUCUCAGGUAUAGAAACCAAAUUGAUGAUUUCGAUUUUGCAUAG